AAUAAAGCACUUGGUAGUGUAUAUGCAUUUCUUCACAGUAUUUUUGUGAAUAAAACAACCUCCCUCCCUCUCUCAGGUGGGGUAGCGAUGCGUGGCUUUUGUAGGCGCCAUUAUGAACAGCGGUGAGGGAGGGAGAGGAAGGGAUGGAGGAAGAGAGGGAGGAGAGGAGAGAAAACCUGACAAGAGCCCCAAGCUGUUAUCUCAUCCUCUCCUGACCCUGGAAGUGAUUCCCUGUGAGGGGUUGUCCUCUCAUACCUCAGCCCCGGCCCCAGCCCCUGCCAAAGAGCCCUCCACCCUGACCCAGACAGAGACAGAGCAGGGCGGUGCAGAGGGGACCACAGGCAGAGAGGAGACCCCAGGAGGGGAGAGGGGUGGACACUCACAUGGAGUCAGACUGGAGGAAGAGGAAGAGAAGCUAAAGGAGAAGAAGGAGAAAGAAAGAUUGUUACUAGUGGAUGACAGAGAGGAAACGGUGGGGGGAGAGGACCUUGCACCAGCCUUCAGCAGCAAAGACAGAGGAGGAGAGGAAGAGAAAGAGAGGGAAGAGGAAGAGGAGAAGAGGGAAGAGGCCAUCUCAAACCAAAGCCAAACCAAAUCCAAAUGUAGUCUAUUACCUCGACAGAGCCAGCACAGCUCUGCUUCCUGCACUGUUAUGGCCAGUGGCACACUGAACAGUAACACCAUCAUCACUCCUUCCUCUUCUCCAAAAUGCUCUACCUCUGCAAAGCACUCUACCACUCCUUCCACCUCUCCAAAGCUCUCCACCUUGUUUUCCUCCUCUCCUUCCUCCCAGAGCGAGACAGAGAUGAGAGACACAGGGGGAGUGCAGGGCAGUAGUCCUAGUUUUCCUCUGAGCUUUAUUAAACCCCAGAAGUCAGCCCUGCCUGAGUCCACCAGCACACCCGUUAAGGAUGAUAGGAGGGCAGACACCACUCACACUUCCCUUAUUGCCAGUGGAGACACUGCCAAAGUUCCAAAACCAAACAACAACCCGAAAGAGAGAGAUGGAAAAAGAGAGGGAGAUAAGGAUAGGGAUGGCGAGAGAGAAAGAGAGGGAGAUAAGGAUAGGGAUGGCGAGAGAGAAAAAGAGGGAGAUGAGAAUGUAAAGACCGUUUCUAAAUACCUCCACCCCUCUCCCUCCUCACCCUCCUCUCCUGGCUCACUGAACAGUCACAUGGCUUUGAUGCACUCCUGGAACUCCUGCAAGAUGUCCCAACAGACACUGCAUGCACACCUCAGAGAAAAACACCCUGAGUCUGGGGGCUUGUGUGUGUGGGGGGGCUCGGGGGAGAAGUGUGUGUGUGGAGGGUCAAGGGGUGUGUGUGUGUACUGUAGCACGAGGAAGGCCCACCCUCGUCUGUCCCGGAGGGAGAGCUAUGUCUGUGAGUACAAGCCCUACUGCUGUGGUGUGUGUGAUUACGUCACGUCCUCUAAAGGAAACCUCAGCAUACACAUGCAGUCAGACAAACACCUCAGCAAUGUACAGGUAGCGGGACACACACACUCUGUACACAACGGGGGCUACGCUGUCAGAGACACAGCAGGCGAACAGGGCUACGGACACACACACCCCACAGUCACACAGCCCCCUGUACACACACCACCCUACCCCAGCCAGCCCCCCUCCCAGGGUAAGAGGUGGUGGUGUGAGGUGUGUGAUUAUGAGACCAGCAUUGCCCGGAAUCUGCGCAUACACACCACCAGCGAGAAACACACGCACAACGUGCUGCGCCUGAAACAAACACACAACGUACUGCAGCUGCAGAGAAGCUACUACCUGGCCCACUGCAGGAGUCUACCUCCUCAACUCACACUGCUACACAGCAUAGGUGGGGAGCAGUCUUUGGGUAUGCAUCAACUAACAGCAGAGGAGCCAGUCGCCCCGGAUUCAACCCUGACGCCCUCCCCCUCUCCUCCUCCCUCCUCCUCACCAUCCCCUUCUCCAUCCCCCUCUCCCCCUCUGUCUCUCUCCCCCACUUCUCCACUCUCCUGUGGUGUGUUCCAGUGCCUGGUGUGUUCCAGUUUCUCCUCUGACAGUCUGGAGUCUCUUGGAUCUCACCUGAGUGCCCCCUGCUCCCUGCCUCAGUCUGAGUGGCACUCUCUGGUGGCUGGAGGCUGCUACUGCAGGCUGUGUGGCUACAGUACCCCCCUCAGGGCUAACUUCACCCUGCACUGCCAGACAGACAGCCACAGGGCCCAGUACCAGCUGGCUUCCCACCUCUGGGAGAUAGGGGAGAAUUGGGAGGCCGGGGACUGGGAGGAAGUUGGGAAGUUGGUUGCUACAGGCAACCCAGUCCAGCUGAAGUGUAACGUGUGUGACUUCCAGACCACCAGCUUGGAGAAACUGAAAAUACACAGCAUCAACCCCCAACACCAGGACAGCCUCAGAGUCUACAGGUUCUUACAGCAGUAUGACAGUGCAGUAGAUGGAGGGUCCUGGUCGUUCCACUGUGUCCUGUGUAACUACUCCUCCUGCUCUAAACUCCACCUACUGAGACAUACCCACUCCCCUGGUCAUCAGAAGAAGGAGCUUCACUACUUGCAGUUAGUGAGAGGGAGGAGCCUGGAGGAAGGGGAGGGGCUAGCAGCUAUCUUCACCAUUAGGAAGUGUCCCAGUCCUGAGACAGGGGGAAGCAGUGAGGAGGAGGGGGAGAGGAGAGAUUCCCUAUCCCCAGCCAAGCGAUCGUUCUCUAGUCUGGAGGAGACACAGAGCCCCCUCUCCCCCAAACGCCCCAGAACAGACCAGUACACCACUCACCGACAGGCUACUGCCAAGUGCCCACUGUGCAAGGACACACUGGUAUACACACACCUGAGACGUCACCUCACACUCACACACAGUGUGGCCCAGGACUGUGUGGACAAGCUCAUGAGUGCGGUGGCAGUGGAGCUGCCAGAGAUUCUGCAGAAAGAGACGCUGCAGAUGGAGUCCCACUCAAAUAUAAAGGAAUCUCAAACAAACGAUUGCAACACAAACGGCUCUUACGUGAAGGAAUCCCUCACAAACGAGUCUCAAACAAACGACUCCCAUACAAAGAAAGAAAAAGUGAUCCCAGUCAAAGAUGUCCCUGCUCUUCUCACUCCUCCCUCUGAGGACCAGCACCCAGCAGAGGACAACACCUCCCACCUCCUAGAGUCCCCCAGCUCUCCCCUUUCCCCACCCACUCUUUCCUCGCUCUCUCCCAGCAACCUCGCUUCAUCCACCUUACCCCCCUCUCCUCCCAGCAAUGCCCCUCCCCCCUCUGAUUGUCAUGGUUACAGGUUCCGCUGCGGCAGCUGCAGUCUAGCGUUCCAAAUGCAGGAGAAGCUGCAGCUGCACUGGCAGUACCACGCCAUGAGGGCGGCGACAGAGUGCCACCUCUGCCCCAGACACUGCCGCAGCCAAGAGGCCCUGCAGAGACACCUGCUCAACACACACCUACAGGACCUACACCUACAGGGUACACACCCUGACCAGAGUGGAGCACACGUCCAACGACCAGUCAGCCUGGAGGGGGAGGAAGAGGAGGGGAAGAGUAUGAGUGAAGAAGAGACAGAUAAGGAGGAAGAUGAUGAAGAGGGGGAGAGAGAGCAGGGAAAGGGAGAUGAAGGAGAGGAGGAUGACCCAGGUGAGCAGGAGGAGAGGCCCAGUCCAGGGGUUGGUGAUAGUGACCAGGGUUCAAGGCAGCAGGAGGAGAAGGAGGCAGGGUCAGAACCCAGCCCCUUCAGCAAGUGCUCCAACCCCACUCUGCAGCGGUUCCUGGACCCGGCUCGGCCCUACAAGUGUUCCUUCUGCUGUGAGUCCUUCACUCAGAGAACCAUCCUGAUGGUCCACUAUAACUCUCUGUCCCACCUCCACCGAGCCAGAACCAGACGGGCCCUGCAGGACUCCAGCCCCAGUCCCCCUUACACCCCCCAGGGCCUGGAACCUAGACCCUUCCACUGCAGCCCGGCCCCGGACCCAAGGUCCUACCGCUGCAGAAUGUGUCGGGUGGCUUACAGCCAGAGUUCCACCCUGGACAUCCACCUCCGCUCUGUACUGCACCAGAAACGAGCCAGUGCAGCUCGAACCCAGCUACCGCUGAACCCCCACACCCGCCAAACCCCAGUCCCAGCCUUGGUGCAGACCCCUGCCUCCAGCCGUUCACCAGGGGGAGGAGAGGGGUCUACCAAGGGAACCCCCCCAACAGCCACCAGAUCAGCCCCUGCCUCCCCAAGUCCCUUUCCCUCCCUGAGUGAAGCCCAGCUGAGUGUGGGUGUCUCUGGGAAGGCUGAGGGCCACCAGGCUAAGAGGAGGAGAGUAGAGGACCUGACAACAUCUGGAGGACAGCAGGACCUAACGUUACUCCAACAGCAGUUAUCUCAGGUCCAGAUGCUACAACAGCAACAUAAGUUAGCCCAGACCCAGAUACAGCAACACACAGCCCUCCUCCAGCCCCAGCUCUUUAGUCCAACUCUGCUCCAGCACCCCCCCUUACUGCAGCAGAACCUCCUAAAGCAGCACCUCUCUUCAGCAGUAGAGAGUCUCCAACAGAGGAACCUCCUCUCUCCUCUCCAGUUCUCCCCAGACAGCCUGUUCUCUCUACAGCAGCAGAUGUUCCAGUCCUUCUACCUCUCUGGAGGUCUGCAGCUCAACCCUAACACAACAAUUAGUCAGACCACCUCAGCCCUCUCCCUCCAGACCACCUCUGCCCUCUCCCCUCAGACAAAUGGGCUUAAACAUUCCUCUCCAAAGCCGGCGACAACUAGCAUCCAGUCUCCAGCCCAGUCCCCGAAGUGUGAAAGCCAGGCUGAGACAGCUGACAAUGACUCCCCCCUCCACCAGACGGAGAAAGAGUCAAACCCAUCCUCCUCUCCUGAGGGAGAUAGAGAGAGGGACAGAGAGAUGCAGGAGAGCGAGAAGAGGGAUAGAGCAGAGAAGGGCCUCAGAGUUCUGCUGGAGAGAUAUGGCUGGGAGCUGGCCCUGCAAUCCAAUCAGAGCAGACAGAGACAGCAGAACAGAGAGAUGGACGGACGACUGGAGGAGGAGAAGCAGUGUGGAGAAUGUGGGAAGCGGUUCUCUGACUCUCUGAUCCUGAAGAGCCAUCAGGAGUUUGUUCACCGCCAGAUGAUCCCUCCUGUAGUGUUGGAGACGUUCUCCAGACAGUACAGGCUGCAGUAUGACCGCCUAUACCCCCUCACACCCCUCACAGCAGGGGACAAUGAUAAUACUGUUUUUGCAAACCUAACCCCAGCCUCAGCACCUGUACUUGCACCCUUACCUCCAGCACCAGCCUCAGAUUCAAUCCUCGACCAAGCCCAAUCCCUCUCCCAAGCCUCAGUCCCAGCCCUUAACCUGGCUACAACCCUAACAGCCAUAGGCCCAGACCCAGCUGUACCCACACCACCAGCAUCUGUACCUGUAACCCUGUCCCCAGACCAAGCCCCAGUUAAUUCCCUCUCCCCAGCCCAAGCCCCAGCCUCACCAACACCCUCUUCUCCUCCACCCCCUUCCCAAACACAACCACUUCCAGAGCAGCAGCAGGACACUACCACUAUCACAACCACCCCUGCCCCUGACCCCUCUCCAACUAUCAUACCCCAGUCCAAACGCUCCAUACAUUUCCCCUUACCCCAACUCCCCCUGUCCCCUCUUCCUUUACCAAAUCUCCCCUCUCUUCCCUUCCCCAUAGACCUCUCUCUCCUCCCCCUUGAUCUAAUGCAGCCCAUAGCACUCCAGUCUAUGCUUCAGUACCAGUUCCUGUUAUCAUCUGGCCACCAACCACCCCUAUCCCUAUACACCAACGCUCACUCCACCCACAACCCAUCUCUACCCCCAUACACUAACACACACUGUGCUCCUAGCCUAGCUCUACCCCCAUACACUGACACACACUGUGCUCCUAGCCCAGCUCUACCCCCAUACACUAACACACACUGUGCUCCUAGCCCAGCUCUACCCCCAUACACUAACACACACUGUGCUCCUAGCCCAGCUCUACCCCCAUACACUAACACACACUGUCCUCCUAGCCCAGCUCUACCCCCAUACACUAACACACACUCUGCUCCCAGCCCAGCCCUGCCCUUUCUGAAGCAUAGGCUGGAGGAAGGGACAGAGGUAACGCCUAUGAGGGAUGUGAUGGCCUGUGAAAGAGAGGAAGGGGGAGAGAGAGAGGGAGAGGGGGAUGAGCAGAGGAGGGAUAGGCGCCAGAGGACCACCAUCAGUGCGGAGCAGCUAGAGGUUCUGGACCAGCACUACAGUCUGAACUCCAACCCAACACGCUCUGUACUGGAGGGCAUCACCAGGGACACAGGCCUGAAGAAACGUGUGGUGCAGGUAUGGUUCCAGAACACCAGGGCUCGUCAGAGGAAGGGCCAGCUCCAGACCCUGGGGGGAGGAGGAGGUCUGGGUAUGGGUGAGAACCACAGGCGCUGUCUGUUCUGCAGGGCUCUCUUCAAGGCUCAGAACGCCCUGGACGCCCAUGUCAGGGCCCGCCACUGUUCACAGACUGACAGAGCUGCCUAUGGCCUGUCUCAUCAGAUGGGUCCUGCAGAUGACUCCAGCUUCUCUCACAACCAUGGAUCCUACAGAGACAGGGAGGGUCCCUCUCUCUCACUCCAGCCUUCUCCCUCUCUCUCCCACCAUCCUUCUCUCUCUCCCUCCCUCCAUCCCUCCCCAAGCCCAUUUCAUCCUUCCUCAAGCCCUGGGGUCGUCCCCAUUGAGAGAAAAUACAUUUCUGGGAAAACCGAUUUGUCCGUUGACCUGAACAAACCCAAAAUUGAAGAGGAGGAAAAAGAGGAGGAAGAAGAUCUGUCAGUAAAAAAAUUCCCUUCGUCUGACCAGGCUCAUGAGGGUAACCGUAGGAAUCUGUUGUCUCUGGGAUACAAUUAUGGAAUGGCGAGCUUCAACGUUCAAGACUGUGACCAGAACACCAGUCCAAGUCUGUCUGAGAGUGUGGAUAGGCAUGUACCGAGACAGCAGCAGAGGCAGCGUACCCAGAUGACCCCCCAGCAGGUUGCCCAGCUCAGAGCCUGCUACAGGGAGCAUCCUACUCCCAGCCCCCUGCAGUGUGAGGGCCUGGGACGGCAGCUGGGCCUGGCACGCAGGGUAGUGCAAGUGUGGUUUCAGAAUGCCCGGGCCAAAGAGAAGAGGGCCAGGAGCCUUAGAGUCGACCCAACCACAGGAUAGAGGGAAAGACUGCAGAGGACAGGGGAGAGAACACACCCAGCCAUGAACCAAGUGCACGUCAGUGACAACAAUGAACCAACCACACACACAGCGAUGAACCAACCACAUGCCACAGAAGCCAAAGAGCAUUCUACCAAUGUACCUCACCCCCUCUUCAGCCCAAAAACAUCACAGGGCAGACCUCCUAGAGCUUUAAGACACCACUCCUCUGUUCCUCCCUCUCUCCUCUCCUGUCCUUUCUUCCAACCGAUACCUCAGGAGUUAACCCCUCCAUGCCAACAGAUGUCCCUGUCCAGACAAUAUAAUCUGGAGAACCAGGAAACAGUAUGUGCCCUUCCCACUUCUGUUUAAAGACUUUACUAGUGUUGUAGUUAGUUCUGUAGCAAGUAGGAACAGAUUAUAUCAAACUGUUAAAGCGAUAAGUCUAAUAUGUUUGGUGUAUAGAACGUUCUUACAAAGCAAAAUAAUAUUCUUCACAAAGAGCUUCUGCAAAGACUUGCUUGGAUUCCAAAGCUCGUAACCAAAACCUUACAUGUCCUUGGAUUGGAUUGUCAACAUGGUGGUUUUCAUUUCCUGAACUGCAGUACAGACCAUACAGUGAAGGGUAGACCUGAGACUGGUGUAGUACUGGUGUGCACCAAUAGAAUGACUGGCCUAUGUGGUGCUGAAGCAGACCACAACCUUCUCAAGCAAAUGAUGACUCUACUGAACAUGUAAAUGUACUGAAUGUUCCUUAUGUGGAGAAUAGGCCAAAUAGCACUGAGCUAAGUCCACUUUGUCCUUUAUGAGAGAGGUCAUAUAAGAAGCUAUUUUGAUAACGUCCGACCAAUAUAUGUCACAACAACUUUAACCAAACACUAAACAACAUUGUUUAGUAAAUGUUAAUGAAUAGGAAUAUUAUGGAUUGACGGUGUGUUAUUUUGUGUUAUUUUGUGGUUUAUGAGAACAUAAUGUAGGCUUUAUGAUGUGGAGUUUAGGUAAGAUGUUGCCUUUUCUUCUUAUCCGAGUAAAUACCAAUACGUUGUGUAAUAUAAUGUAAUGUCUACUAUUCUCAGGCCAACUGAACUGUUUUUAAUUUGGUCGUAGUACUGUACUAUUUUCUCUUCUGUUCCUUAUGCCAGACAGAAAGUCUUUUUUUAAACCUUAUGAUGGGAAUAUUGACUGUUGAUAUGAAAUUCCUAUAAUGCUAGUUCUAAAGAAACACCUCUCUGGAUUUGAGAGAUCUGAGCUUUCUGACCGAGAGUAGAUUGUUCCAUUAUAACAUGUUAAAUGGUCAACUAAGAGUCUUCCCUGAGACUGCCUCUGUUCUGACGGACCAGACUCACUGACAGAGUUGCUGACAUGUAAUACCGAUGAAAACUUUGGAUAUUGUGUGCACUUAACUCUGUACCACACACUCUAACCAUCUCUCUCUCUUUCACUCUCAUCUGUAUGACGUCUGCUGCAGUCGUCUUAUUCUCUAUCUGUAUUAAUAUUACUGUAGUAACUAUGAUAAUAUAUCAUGCUUUAAAACACAACCCAAACACAUAAUAACACUGUAACCAUUGGUGCAUAAACCCCACAAAAACAACUUGAAAAGUUUGCUUGAUAAUGUAACAUUGAAUGAUGGAAAGAAGAGUGACUGAAUAAGAACUGCUGUAUCUGCCUCUUUACCAGGCCACUGGUGACUGUAUACUGAAACCUCCAUGAAACCAACUACUGUACUAGGAUGGAGUAGCACUUCUCAAAGCCAAACUCCCCAGGCCCUAGUGCAUUCGGUAGGGGACACAACCCCAGCCCGUAGUGUACUCAGUAGAAGAGUACUCAGUAGGGAUCCAAAUCCCAGUCCCUAGUGUACUCAGUAGGGAACUACUUCAGAGCCAUUGCAGUGUGUAGAGCGGUUGAAAUGUUUUCCUCCUCUAUAUAACCAACCAGAUAGAUUGUUUCAGCUCAGUCUUUGAGGACGUCCAGUUUGCUGCUAACGUAUUUCGUAAUACUGUAAUAACAAACUAUUAUAACACCCAUAAUGCUGUUUAUAACCUGACCUUUUUUUCUGAUGUUAUCAAAGAGAUACUUGGGGCUCCAGUAUUUACUCAUUAAUGAAUUACUAUGUGGACAGUGGUUUCUAAACAAAGAUACAAAGAAGAUAAAAUGAUACUACAAAGAUAAGAUACAGUACUUCUAUACUAAAGAUCCUGCAUAGCUAUUCUACGGCAGGUUAGAUUGUAUCUAGCCCUAAACCUUCCACAGAUCUGUGUACCAGUCUGUUUCUGCUCUUGUGUCGCUGGCUUGUUUAGCCAUGUAGCUAGCCAUGUUUGUCUCUGCUUUAGGCCAGGCAACAAUGUAACCAUGUAGUGACAUAGACACGUAUCCAUGCAGCUGAGUAGCCACAUAGUCAUGUAGCCACACAGAUUGUAACGAUGUAGCUAUGUAGCCAUGCAGCGGUACUGGACACAGAAACCAGGCUAACCUUCCAAAGGAUGCUGACUAACUCAGUUUUAGCUCUAAAACUAACCACAAUACCAAUGAUCUUUUUCUGUACUGAAAUUCCAAAUACUGUACCACAUGGCUGUUAUGUACAUAUUGUUGUUUUAUUCCUUUUCCUCAUUUUCUCAUUUAACUGUAAGAUGUAAAUAUUGUGUUUUUUUAUUGUUCCUGGAUGCUGUUGCCAUAGUGAUAACCAAAAGAUACAUGUGUUGUGCACCUGUCCCAGUCUCUUGCUCCAGUGGUUAAGUUUAUUCGUUCUCCCCAGUUCUCCUACAGAUGUGUGUUUUCUCCCCCUCCCCCCUCUAUAGCCACUGAGGUAAAUAAAGUCUGGUUUGCAUUUA